CCCCCUACUGACCCUGGGCCCUCGGGCAGUGCCUGAGUUUCCAAAUGGUCAGUCCACCCCUGACCUGGUGUGAACAAGCAUUUCAGCAGAUCAGCACUGAUCACCUACUGGUGAUCAGUGCCCUGCAGUGCCACCCAGCAGUGCCCAGCAGGGCCUCCCAUCAGUGCUGUCCAGCAGUUAUGCCCGUCAGUGACCAUCAUUGUUGCAUAUCAGUGCAGCAUAAUCAGUGCCUGCUCAUUAAUGCCCACCAGUGCCGCCUCAUCAGUGCAGCCUAUCAGUGCCCAUCAGUGCUGCCUAUCCGUGCCACCUCAUCAAUGCCCAUCAGUGCUGCCUAUCAG